UUCCGUUCCGUUCCGUUCCAUUCCGAUCGACUCGACGCGAACGCCCACGGACGCGACUGCCCCGCCGCCGCCGCCGCACGCGCGCGCACCCAUGGCGGCCGGCGCGGUGGGCGAGGGGAUGCGGCGGCUAACGCAGCUCUCGCUCGUCUCCAAGGUCUGCUCGGAGCUGGAAGCCCACCUCGGCGUCGCCGAUCGCGUCCUCGCCGAGUUCAUCGUCGACCUCGGCCGCGCCUCCGCCUCCGCCGCCGACUUUGACGCCAGGCUCAGGGACCACGGCGCCGAGCUGCCGGACUACCUCGCCCGCUCUCUCUACGCCGUCAUCAGCGCUAUCCCCGACCACGCCCCCACCCCCGCCGCAGCCGCCGCCCCCAGGAACCCUACCACUUCCCGUGGUGUCAGUACAGGGAGACGCGAGGACAAGGAGGAGAGCGCCGGGGAGCCGGGGCUGUACCAGGUGCGCCGCGGGAGGGUCACACGGGUGGUGGACGCCGGGUGCUUCGUCCGCCUCGACGGCGCGCGCGGCCGCGAGGGGCUCGUGCACGUGUUCCAGAUGCCCGGGCGCCGCGUCGAAGUCAGCCGCGGCCAGGAGGUGUUCGUCAAGGUCAUCUCCGUGGAGGGGAGCAAGCUGGGGUUGUCGAUGCGAGACGUCGAUCAGGAUACGGGGAGGGAUCUCCUGCCAAUGCGUCGGCAUCAUGGGGAACACGAUGCGCCGAGGGCGAAUCCGUCAGCAGAUCGAGCCAGAGCCGCCGGGAGGAGGAUGGGGAUUUCAGGGAUUUUCGUUCCCGAUGAGGAUGAGGCUGGACCUGCGCCACGCCAGCCAGUCAGGCGGAUGAACUCACCGGAGAGGUGGGAGGUGAAGCAAUUGAUUGCUUCGGGAGUUUUGGAUGUGAAGGACUACCCGUUGUUCGAUGACGAUGGUGAGGGGAUGCUUUACCAGGAGGACGUGGAGGAGGAGCUUGAGAUCGAACUCAACGAGGAUGUGCCGCCAUUCUUGCGGGGAGGAGGGCGGUCCUUGGUUGACGUAUCUCCGGUGAGAAUUUGUAAGAACCCUGAGGGAUCAAUGAGCCAAGCAGCAGCACUGCAGUCUGCCCUUGUCAAGGAACGGCGCGAUAUUCGCAGCCAGGAGCAAAGAGGAAUGGUUGAUGCAAUCCCCAAGGAUCUUAAUCGGUCGUGGGAGGAUCCCAUGUCAGGUGGACGGUACCUGAUGCAGGAGCUGACAGGCGCUGGACUAUCAGCAAAGAGUGUGCCAGAAUGGAAGGUGACGUAUGGGAAGGCUGGGACAUAUGGGCAGAGGUCAAGGCUUUCGAUUCAGGAGCAGAGACAGAGCCUUCCCAUAUACAGGCUCAAGAAGGAGCUGAUCAAAGCUGUUCAUGAGAACCAAGUUUUGGUGGUUAUAGGUGAGACGGGCUCAGGAAAAACAACCCAGGUUACACAGUACCUUGCUGAGGCAGGGUAUACUACAAGGGGGAAAAUUGCGUGUACUCAGCCUCGCAGAGUUGCUGCAGAGUCGGUCGCAAAGCGGGUAGCAGAGGAGUUUGGUUGUCGAUUGGGAGAGGAAGUUGGUUAUUCUAUACGCUUUGAUGACCGUACUGGACCUGAAACUGUCAUCAAGUACAUGACAGACGGCAUGCUCCUGCGAGAGAUUUUGGUGGACAGGGACCUCUCUUCUUAUUCUGUAGUCAUGCUUGAUGAGGCACAUGAGAGGACCAUCUACACUGAUAUUCUCUUUGGCUUGCUAAAGCAGCUAAUCAGCCAGAGAAGUGAUCUUAGGUUAAUAGUCACUUCAGCCACUCUUGAUGCUGAGAAGUUCUCUGGUUAUUUUUUUGACUGCAAUAUUUUUACAAUUCCUGGAAGAACGUUUCCGGUUGAAAUACUACAUACGAAACAGCCAGAGAGUGACUACAUGGAUGCCGCACUGAUCACAGUAUUGCAGAUACAUCUGACUGAACCCGAAGGUGAUAUCCUCUUGUUCUUGACUGGCCAGGAAGAGAUUGACCAUGCUUGUGAGCGUCUCGAUGAGAGGAUGAAGGCAUUCGGUGACGACAUACCAGGGUUGAUAAUCUGUCCUGUCUACAGUGCUCUUCCAGCUGAAGUUCAGUCAAAGAUCUUCGAACCUGCUCCGCCUGGGAAGAGGAAGGUGGUUGUGGCCACCAAUAUUGCAGAAGCAUCCAUUACAAUAGAUGGGAUAUAUUAUGUUGUUGACCCAGGCUUCGCUAAACUUAAUGUGUAUAACCCAAAACUAGGGCUGGAUUCUUUGGUUAUCACUCCUAUAUCUCAGGCGUCAGCUAAGCAAAGAGCAGGUCGUGCUGGACGUACAGGCCCGGGUAAGUGUUACCGUCUAUACACUGAGAGUGCCUAUCGCAAUGAAAUGCCCCCCACAACAACUCCGGAAAUCCAGAGGGCCAACUUGGGAUGGACAGUACUUAAUAUGAAGGCAUUGGGAAUAAAUGAUCUAUUAUCAUUUGACUUCAUGGACCCACCAGCAUCUCAAGCACUCCUCUCAGCUAUGGAACAACUGUAUAGCGUUGGUGCCUUAGACGAAGAGGGUUUUCUUACCAAGCUAGGGAGAAAGAUGGCUGAAUUUCCACAGGAACCACCACUUUCAAAAAUGCUCCUUGCUAGUGUGGACCUUGGAUGCAGUGAUGAAAUAUUGACUAUCAUUGCAAUGAUUCAAACUGGGAACAUAUUCUAUCGGCCAAGAGAGAAGCAAGCUCAAGCAGACCGGAAAAGAUCAAACUUUUUCCAGCCAGAAGGUGAUCAUAUCACUCUACUCACUGUGUAUGACGCAUGGAAGGCAAAGGGGUUUUCGGGACCAUGGUGCUUCGAAAAUUUCAUUCAGGUAACGUCACUAAGGAGGGCACAGGAUGUGCGCAAACAGCUUCUUGAGAUCAUGGAUAAGCAUAAACUUGACACUGUCUCUGCCGGGAAUGAUUCCACCAAGAUAGGGAAAGCCCUCGCUGCUGGAUUCUUCUUCCACGCUGCAAGGAAGGAUCCCCGUGGAGGAUACAGGACCCUUGCUGAUAAUCAGCUGGUGUAUAUCCACCCCGGCAGCGCCCUCUUUCACCAGCAGCCCCAGUGGGUGAUUUACCAUGAAAUUGUCAUGACAACAAAGGAGUACAUGAGGGAGGUCACAGCCAUUGACCCGAGAUGGCUAGUAGAACUGGCGCCGAGGUUCUACAGGUCUGUGGACCCGAUGAAGAUCAGUAAGCGGAAGCGCCAGGAAAGGAUUGAACCUCUGUAUGAUAGACACAGUGAGCCAAACUCGUGGCGCCUCAGCAAGCGCCGCUGGUGAUUUUGCCUUUCUUCUUGCAGCUCUUCGAUGUAAUAUUACUGUAAGUGUAGAUGCUAAGCUGCUCUGGUGAUUCAUAUGCUAAGAUGAUUGAAAUGCAGUGAUACUUGUAUAGUUUUUUGUUCCUUGAAGUUAGAAGCCUGAGGCAAAUAGAGCUAUGUAUUUAAAUAAGAUUGUUCUACUGCCAUGAUUGUAUAGUUUUACCCCCCUUUGAACAGGAUAAGACCGAUUGUAUAAUUUUCCGCUGCUGCAUGAGUUUAAAUUGAGUGAAUGUAAAACAUUUGGUUAA